CCGCUCGCUCGGAGUCGAGCGGCGGUGCCCAGUGGGUGCAGACGGGCCCUCGGAGUGCCCUGACCCCCUUCUUCUCCCAGGAGCCUCGGAAGCGGUGUCGCCGGGCCGAGGAGGCGGCUUCGGAGAGUGCAGCCCCGCCGCGUCCCAUUGUGCCUUGGGGGCCCGGAGCAGAAUGGCCGCAGGCUGGUUCUACCUGGCGUGCCUGGCGCUGGGCGCCCUGGGCUCCCUGUGCGUGUUCUUCACCGCCUACUGGAUGCAGUACUGGCGCGGCGGCUUCGCCUGGGACGGCUCCGUGCUCACGUUCAACUGGCACCCCGUGCUCAUGGUCACCGGCAUGGUGGUGCUCUACGGAGCCGCGUCGCUGGUGUACCGCCUGCCCCGGUCGUGGGUGGGGCCCAAGCUGCCCUGGAAGCUCCUGCACGCGGCCCUGCACCUGGUGGCCUUCAUCCUGACCGUGCUGGGGCUCGUCGCUGUCUUCUAUUUCCACAACACGGGGAAGAUCGCCAACCUCUACUCCCUGCACAGCUGGCUGGGCAUCACCGCCGUCUUCCUCUUCGCCUGCCAGUGGUGCCUGGGCUUCUCCAUCUUCCUGCUGCCCUGCGCCUCGCAGUGGCUGCGCGCCCUCCUCAAACCCAUCCACGUCUUCUUCGGAGCCUCCAUCCUCUCGCUGGCCAUGGCGUCGGUCAUUUCCGGCAUUAACGAGAAGCUGAUCUUCACCUUGAAAAACGCCACACACUCGUACAAAGAUCUGCCCGGCGAGGCCGUGUUCGCCAACUGCACAGGGAUGCUGGUGGUGGCCUUCGGGAUGGCGGUGCUCUAUGUCCUCCUUGCUUCGUCGUGGAAGCGCCCACAGCCAGGGAUCAUGACCGACAGUCAGCCCCUGCUGCAUGACAGGAAGUGACUCGGGAAGGGGCGCCCCGGAAAAGCUGGUGUCCGCUCAGCUACUCUGCUCUCCCUGGGGCUCCUCUCUGGUUGUCUGGCCACGGCGAGACUAGCCCUGGCCGCUGGGCUGGGCCUGCGCCUGCACCCCACCCGCUCGCUGUCUGCCUGCUCUGCCUGACGCCUUUGGCUUCUGCCCCCUCACCCCGUCUCGGCCCAGACUUUGCAGGCUCUCGGAUCCUCCCAAGGAGGCCCCCUUCACCCUGGCUCAGCUUGCCCCCGUAGGGCUGUGUGGGGAAGCAGGCUGACCCCCUAAUCACCCAGAUGUGGGAGCCCUGACGGCUCGGCUCCAGUGGGCUGGGGGCGGGGGGGAACCUCCGUGCAGCCAAGGGAGAGGACGUGGCCUCAGAUUUCUGCCCCCUGAGGGGCGCUUUGCACUUAGGGCCCCGAAUGCCACAGCAGGCUGUCCUCUGGGAUCAAGGAGAGCUGACGGAAGUGCGGUGGGGUGGCACCUCCGCCCUCUGCCCUCUGUCACUUGUCUGUCCUCGUCUAGCUACUGCUCCAGCUAGGGCCUGGAGCCGGCCUGUCCCUGUGAUUUUUGUGCCGGCAGGCAGCCCCAUGAGCCCUGCUGACCCGCCCUCCCAAGGACAGCCAGCCUGGCCCCCGAGGUGCCCAUCAGAUGGGCCGUGGGGGACUGGGAACUUGGCCGCUUCAGGGCUGUCCCCGGGCCCAGGCCAACUUGAUUUCUGGAUGGGGCCCUGGGUCAGCCGCUUUCACUCUUCAGCUCGCCAGGAAUGUGCCCCGGUCGUGCCCAGCCCUGGGAGCCGUCACCACCCUCUGACGGGCUCCCAGCCGAGUCAGUGUUCCCCCUGGCCCCAGAGGGCUGCCCUCCACAUCCAGUCUCUCCCUGCCAUGGCAGAGCGGGGGACGCCGGGCGGGGAGGAAGCCGGCUCCAUCCUUCCUCAUGCCGAGUGCGUCUGGCUUGGCCUGCCCUCUCGGGACACAGGUUCAGGCGACAGGGUCAGGACUCCUGACAGGCCACGAGGUGACUGUCUGCCCCAGCUCCCUGCUGCCAGGUGUUGGCAGGAGACUGCAGCAAGAAGCUUCGACUGGAUGAACGCCUCAGCCGUGGAAUGGGCACCCCUGCCCCUGUGCCACGGGGCGUGCACUGUUGAUGAUGUGUGGUUUUGCACUAAAGUAUUUUUAAGAAGCAUAUCCUGCUCUUCUGAC